CCCAAUCGGAAUAGUGUCACAAAAUUUGACAAAUCCAUUCGUGUCAUUCUUGUCGUAUUCUGUUCGUAAAAUUGUUUCUCAAAAUUUACCGGGAACAUUAAUAUAAUUUGUUAAACUUGGGUAACCCAUUUACUUUACCUUGAAACAAAAUGUGGAACGAUCAAUCUGUGGCCGGUGGCGGCUUUUUUAAUUCUCCAAAUCAAUUUGGGAAUGCUGCCACGCCUAAUCAAGCACAAAAAACUGGUCGAAGAGCAUCCCGUACUGCCCCUAUUGUCAUUAGACAAGCUUUACACUGUGGUGAUGAUGGGGUAAAGAUUUGGGGGACUGAGAUACAAAUUGUUUCUGUAGUAGCCCGAGUAAGAAAUAUUAGAACACAAAGCACGAAAAUAACAUACACAAUUCAAGAUAUAACAGGAAGAAUGAGAGCAGUUUUGUGGUUAGAUCAAGAUGCCAUGGAUGAAGAUGAUAAAUCAGCACCAAGAAUCCAAGUAAAUGAUUAUGUACAAAUUUUUGGUAAUGUGAAAACUAAUAAAGGGAAGAAGGUCCUGAUGGCAUUUAAAAUCAUGCCAGUAAGUGAUGUCAAUGAAAUCACUUUCCAUUAUUUGCAAUGUAUUAACAAUAAGGUUAAGAUGGAAGCUGAUUCAAAGAAGGAAAAAAUUGUGACUAAUAAUGUCAUAUCUUCUGGACUACCAGUCAAUUCUAUGGUGGGCAUGGCUGAUAAUAAUCAAUCUGUAAAUGGAUUAAAUGCCCGCCAAAUGAUGGUUUUCAAUCUCAUACGAGCAUCCAAUUUAGAACAAGGAAUAAGCAAGGAUGAUAUGUAUACGACACUGAAAGAUCGCAUGUCAAAAACAGAGUUUGAACAAAUUCUCGAUUGGAUGUGUGGUGAGGGUCAUAUUUAUUCUACAAUUGAUGAAGAACAUUUCCGAGCUACUGAUGCUUUUUAAGACUUUUUGUUUAAAAAAAAAAACUUUCAUCUAGUUUUCCCCUUUCAUGUUUUUAAAAGUAUAUUUUUAAAUAAAAUCUUUAUACACA